AUGGAAGCAGCAGCUCUCGCGGCAUGGAACCACACCAAAUUUUCUUUUCGUGCACAUCCGAACUUCGAGGCGCGGGAGAAAAUAUCCGACGAGGCAAUUGCACUUGCGAGAUUUCCUUCUCGUGUAGAUGAAGAGAGAGCCGUUGUGCGUGCGCUUGAAAAAUUGCAGGAUGGAGACCUAAGGGUGUUGGUUGAUCAGAUGAUCAACUUGAAGGACUGUAGAGCCCUGCCAGUGGGUAUGAAACCGAUAUUGGGAGAUUGCUAUGAUAUCGAUCUCGCAAGGGGAAAUGAAGAGAUUGCUGGGACUACUAAGCCAGAGAUAGAGAUGAACUUGAAGGGACGAGAGGAUUUGGAAUUGGGGUUCGGAGUGAACUUGAAGCGAGAUUGUUGA